UUUUUGGCAUCUACAUAAACUCUAGAUGUUAUCAAGAGAUUUUUGGGUGUAGUGAGAUUUCCACUACACCUUCCAGAGGUGUACAACUGUGGUCAGAAUCAGUCUGGUCUCCUAAACUGACAACUGCUCUUCGAAACAGUGACGCUGGAGACAGGCUUUAAAAGGCCGGCUGAACGCCAAACCAGGAGAGAGAGUUUGAGUCACACACACAACCCUAACUGGAGCUGAACGCUGUAAAGCUAUUUAUGUAGAAUCUGUAAGAGCCUGUAGAGUUUAUGUUGACUGUAAUCACUAAAGCUGAUGAGCUCCUUCAAGCUCAGGCCAAGGAUCGACAGGCCUUACGGAGUGAAUCAUACAAUCAGUCCAGUUGGUGGCGGUAAUGCACCAUGUGUUGGCUUGUCAACCGCCAUUGAACAACACCAGAAGAAGAAGAGCUGAUAGUUUGGAUGCUAACUUCGCAGGUGGAUGUGAUUCAUGCUGGAGAACAGCAGAUGCUGCAGACACCAGUGAAGAUUGAAGUGAAGCUGCUGGACUGCAGGAACCUGAUGAAGAUGAGAGGAGAAACCACAGCAGAGGAACAACAGAGUGAUGAAGAUGAUGAUGAACAGCAGAUAUUGCAGACACCAGUGAAGAUGUGUUCAGUGAAGCUGCUGGACUGCAGGAACCUGAUGAAGAUGAGAGGAGAAACCACAGCAGAGGAACAACAGAGUGAUGAAGAUGAUGAUAAAACCACAGCAGAGGAACAACAGAGUGAUGAAGAUGAUGAUGAAACCACAGCAGAGGAACAACAGAGUGAUGAAGAUGAUGAUGACUUUAUUCCUGCAGAGUUGAUGGAAGUGAAAGAAGACCAUGAAGAACUGAAUGAAGUGGAUGCGGAACAACAUGAUUUUAUACCUGGAGAAAAAUCUUUGAGUGGCUCAAACACUGAAAAUAAUUUAUCUCCAAAAAAUCCUCAAAGAGCAGUCAAGAAAUCUUUCACCUGCCAUCAGUGUGGGAAGAGUUACACACGUAAAAGCAAUCUUAAUGUACACAUGAGAGUUCAUACUGGAGAGAGACCUUGCACGUGCCAUCAGUGUGGGAAGAGUUUCACACGUAAAGGCGAUCUUUAUAAACACAUGCAAGUUCAUACUGGAGAGAGACCUUACACGUGCCAUCAGUGUGGGAAGAGUUUUGCACGUAAAGGCGAUCUUAAUACACACAUGCAAAUUCAUACUGGAGAGAAACCUUACACGUGCCAUCAGUGUGGGAAGAGUUUUGCACGUAAAGGCGAUCUUAAUAAACACAUGCGAAUUCAUACUGGAGAGAAACCUUACACGUGCCAUCAGUGUGGGAAGAGUUUCACACGUAAAGGCCAUCUUAAUGCACACAUGAGAGUUCAUACUGGAGAGAAACCUUACACGUGCCAUCAAUGUGGAAAGAGUUUUGCAGAUGCAGGCAAUCUCAAGAGUCAUCUCUCUUGUCACUCUGGAGAAAAGUCAUACGAAUGUGAAAAGUGUGGCAAAACAUUUGUUCUUGCACAGUACCUAAAAAAACAUCUGAAAACUCACACAAAUGAGAAGCCUUACAAGUGUUCAUUUUGUGGAAAGAGUUUUGCACAUGUGUCCUAUUUGAAACAGCACCAGAAAACUCAUAGCAGUGUGGGAGCUCAUAUGUGCUUUGAAUGUGGGAAGAUUUUUAUUGCAUCCGGCAACUUGAAACUGCACCAAAGAAUUCAUACUGGAGAGAAACCAUACAAGUGCUCACACUGUGGAAAGAGAUUCACUCAGUCUUGUCACCUGAAAUCACACAAGAGAAUUCAUAAUGGAGAGAAACCAUACAAGUGAUCACAUUGUGAAGAGAGUUUCACUAUGUCAGAAAACCUGAAAACACACAACAUAAUUCAUACUGGAGAGAAACUUUACCAUUGCUCUUCAUGUCAUUUCUUCUUCUCAUGUUAAAUAAUUGCCCAACAAGUCACAGUUAGUGGUCGAUCAGUAUGGAUUUUUCAAUGGGACUACCAUUUGUUAUAUCAGAAGUAAUGGAGAUUCAUCAGACCAGACUGUGUUUUUCCUGUCUUUAACUGUCCAGUUUUGAUGAUUCUGUGUCCACUGCAGUCUCUGCUUUCUGUUCUUGUCUGACAGAAGUGGAACCUGACGUGGUCUUCUGCUGUUGUAGCACAUUCGCCUCACCUCUCUCAUCAACAAGACGUUUCCAUCCACAGAACUGCCGCUCAUGUGGAAUGUUUUCAUUUAAUCAUUCAGUUAAUCCAUUUCUGAUUAUUGAAUUGAUAUGCAAUAUGCAUUGAUCUAAAAAUGACAAUGUGUAAUCAAUGUACUAUGAAUAACUGCAUUAUGAAUGUUAUUCAAUAUGUUAGAUAUUUAAUCAUUCAUUUAUUGAUUUAAUUAUCAUUUACUCAGUCUAAUAAUCAAAUUGCAAAUCAAUGGAAAAAUGCAGCUUAACUAUGAACAUGAACAAAUGUGUGUAUUGAUACUAAAGGAAUGAUCAAAUGUUUGAAUUAGAACAAAGUUAGGCACUGUCUGGUACCUGUCUGAAAGAGUCAGAGGACACAUGUGCGUUAAUUAGUGCUAGAAACGAGAUGAAACAAAUGUAUGUGGGUGUGCACACAUUUCCCAUCUUACAGGAAUGUGUGUAACUAAUGACUGUAAUAAGGGAAAUCAUUUCAUAUACUAAUCAAAUUCAUGCAGAAAGUAAUGAUUGUUAGUUAAUAUAAAAUAUGUAACCAUAUGAAGUGAUUACAGUGUGUUUUAUGCAUUUAAAAUGAAAUAUGCUUUUGCCAUCAUUGAAGCAAGUUGGGUCAGGAUGACCAGCUGGAAGGGAGACUGUGAUGAUGACACUAGGGGGCAUGAGAUGAUUUUAUUGGAUGAAGAGGCCAUCACUCAAAGAGAGGGGGUGGAACAGAAGCUGUAUAAAGGAUGCAUGAUUCUGAAGUAGUCAUUUCAGAUGCUAGAUGAUAAGAUGGCAUCUCGGCUUUGUUCAAUAAAUUCUCAUCUUUGACAUCUGGAACCCUGGAGAGUUUUCUUACUGAGAGGAAAAGGAUCUUCAGUAUUCCACGACACUCACUGGAUGUUGCAUCUUUAGCAGCACUUGACAAAUUGCCCAGAUAGUGUAAAAUGUGAAACUAUUUAAA